CACUGGAAAAGGAAAAACAUGCCUCCAAAGUUCUUCUCGUCUUCUUGUUCCUCAAUUGCUUCGAUUAUGAAGCUUUCUUCAUCCCUUCGGCUUGCUGAUGCCAGCGGCUGCAAAUUGCCGCGGAGCACCCACAUGCUCGAUCUCUCGCCUCCCGCCGUCUCCAUUAAUUCCGACGAGGGCCGCACUCUGUUCGGGGAGGCUUUGGUGGCGGGAACAGCCAUGGGAAGCCUGCAGCUUCUACAGGCGAUGGAGACGCAGUGAGAGUUCAGAUCUUGUGGACUCGCAUCCCUGUGGGCCGUCCUUAAUGCCCUUCACGUUGAUCCUGGCGUCACUUGGAAAGGGAAUCUGGGACGGUGCUGAAUUUCGAUCAACAUUGUUGCCACUUGUCAUCUUUUGGUUACGAGGAGGAGUCAUUACCUGUAGGAUCCGUUAUUUUGGCCUCAAAGAAGGACGUAUCUCUCUGGAUCCAAUACUUAACGGCUUGCCAAGAGGGAUCCGGAUUACUUCGCCAAGCUGCUGCCGGACACGACUGUGAAUACGUCUAUGCUAGACGGUUUUACCGUGUGACUAUUGUGUCUUAUUUUUCUGAAUACCGGGUUCAUUCGUGACUCACAAUAGUGUCAAUAAUACUUGGCAUAAAAAUCAAUACAAAGUCCAGAUGAUCCGAAAUCAAA